AUGGCAGAACGGCGAAACGCAAUCCGAACAGAAGCAAGGAUGGGAGCCAACGGGCGGCCAGCAUCGGUACCUUUGACUACUAAAGCAUUCACAGAACCAAAGGUCCAGACAGAUGCAGGCAAUCUCGAGGGUAUAGAUAUCCGUGGACGAAUUGCUAGUGACUCCAAGGUCGCAACUGCAACCAAAGACAGUCCUAUCACACUCGACUUAAUGACGCAUCUCAAGCGGUCUGAGCCUUCACUUGUCAAGACAAGAACAGGGAGUGUGUUAUCUAGAGGUCUGAUCUUGAAGACGGAUUACUAUCCAUCGGGUCGUGCCCUCGACCUGGAUCUUAACGUCCAUGGCGCCCCCAACUUCAGAGCACCUCGUCAAGGCAAUCUCAACGUGUUUGGGGUUGCUCAACCACGUACACAGGGUCUUAGGGCCAUACUCUCCGUUCUCAGAUGUCGUCCUGGCACACCUAACCCAUCGCAUGUCAUUUGGUUUUCAACGAGAGAAGAGCCAAUUGUAUAUCUUUCUGGUCGCCCUUUCGUGUUGCGCGACUCUUCGGAACCACGCAAGACAUUGUCUCUUUCCGAUCGAGCAGAAAACCUUGAGGCUAUAGAGGAGCGUUUGAAAUCCGACAUUUUGCAGGAAGCUAGCAAAUAUGGAGGUCUGAUAUUAACGCACAACGAGCUAGCUGCAGACAGUGGAGAAGGUGCUAUAUUACCCACAUGGACGCAUGUUGACUCGGUAAAUGUACGGACGUCUCGAGAGUUAUGGGAUAACAUGCAAAAAGAUGGCUGGAAUGUGGAGUAUCACCGUAUACCCAUUUCCCCUGAUCGGCCUAUUGAAGACAAUUAUCUUGAUGCAUACUUGCGCGUGAUCAAGAAUACAGAUCCUUCCCGGACAGCGCUCGUAUUUUCUUGUGGAAUGGGCGCAGUGAGGACGACCUUUGCAAUGAUAGCUGCUUUGAUUGUCAGAAGAAAGUUGCUCUUGUCCAAUGGUCUCGAAGAUCCAUAUGCAAGGAAGGUACCAGGUAUCACUAAUGGUCAUAGUGGUAUACAAAGUAGUGGCAAUACUGGCAUUAGUACUCCUACAAAUCAGCUAGCAACAGACUUAAAGCUCAUGCAAUCUUUGGAAUAUGCAAACGCCCAGCAAGACAACAAUAAAUCAUUGCUUCGUUUAACUUAUAUCUUGCAGCGAAAUCUCCACUCUGAAUCUGCUAUCGAAUUGCUCAUGGCUCAGCCUACUCUACUGGAUAACCUGCGCAAGGCACACCAAGGCAACUAUGGGACGAUUUUGAGCCUACUGGGGUGCUUGGAUCAUGGUCUUCAAGCUAAGAAGUUGGUCGAUCGAGUGAUAGAUGCAUGCGAUCAUGUCACAAACUUAAGGGAAGAUAUUAUCCUGUAUAGAAUUAGGUACUCUUUAGCAACUACAGACGAGACCAAAAGGGAAGAGUUUCUUAAAAAGGCACGAAGAGCGCUCGAGAAAUACUUCUUUAUGAUCGCUUUUGCGAGUUAUGUAGAAUCAGAGGACCACUUGGAGCAGAGCUUUUCAGACUGGUUAAAGACAAGGACAGAGAUCUGGAAUCAGGUUAUGUUCCUCAGGAAGUCCUACGGUUCACGACUUAACGUAUUCGCACCAGUCAAUGACCUGUCUUUGCUUUCAAAGUCCGGCUCUGAGGACAGAGCAUUAGUCCCUGGGCAAAAGAAUGAUGUUGAGAUUGCUGGCGGACAAUUACUGGGGGACGAGUAUUCUGAUCACGUGGUCAAGAAUCGUAGCGGAAUUAUCUUGCGAGAGAGGUUUGCCUCUUUCUUCUUCCUACUUACUUACUGGAGUGUCUUACAUGUUGUCCCAAGCACCCUUCUUAAGUCGGACCAGUGGCUCAGUGAAUCUCACCAGGUCGAGCAGGGUGUCCGCGGAGCAAUCAACUGGCGCAAUAUUCCUGGAACAAAUAUUUACGCGUUGGGUCAACCUACUGUUGAGGCCGUUGAUGAAGUGGUAAAUCGUGUGAAGAGUGCUCAUCCGCAUGCAGACCGCAUCGUCUGGAUUACACUGAGAGAAGAGCCAAUUGUAUACAUCAAUGGUGCACCAUAUUGUCUAAGAAGGGAGCGGUUCUCCCUUCGAAAUAUGAAAGACUAUGGAGGUAUUUCAGCUUCUCGUUUGGAAGUUCUAGAGGAGCGGCUCAGAGAUGAUGUCAUUGCUGAGCUCAACGAGUUUGGUGGGAGGUUACUUCUACACACUGAGACUCCUGGCGGUGCUGUGAUACCUGUUUGGGAAGAUGUUCAAAGCGGCAAUGUCGUUGUUCUUAAGGACUUGAUGGCAUCGCGGAAGGUUGUUGGGGAUGGUGUAGAACUCCAAUACUGUCGAAUCCCGAUUACAGCUGAGAGACCGGCUGACUUCACAGACUUGAGCGAACUCUUAGAUGUGAUCACUCGCUCUGAUUCUGAGAGUACUGCGAUAGUAGUCAACUGUCAGCUUGGCCGGGGAAGAAGCACGUUGACCUCGAUCAUUAUUUUGUUGAUUCAACAAUGGCUAGCGAGUUCCAGAACUUUAUCGCAGAGAUCACCACGUUUCCUCCAUCGUUCCCUUUCCACUAUGUCUAUGGCGAAGCUCGACGGGGUGCACGAGCCCGUGAACCUACGCCAAUCCUACCAAGUCAUCAAUAAUCUGCUGCGAGUCAUCCGGAAGGGCCCUACUGUCAAGAACACUGUUGAUGAAGCCAUUGAUCGCUGUGCUGUCGUCUGCAAUCUGCGAGAUUCCAUCGAAGAAGAACGUGCGCAAGCAGAGCAAGCAGCAGAUGAGAGACAGAGACGCAGUCACGCAUCAAAAGGGCUACAAAACUUGAGACGCUACUUUGGGCUCAUCGUCUUCCAAGCCUACUUGCAUUCCACGGAACCAGACACGAUUGAGUCUGUUGAAUCUUUUGAGUCUUUUGUUCGCAAUAGACCAGUCCUCAAGACCUAUGAGAAAGAACUUCUUGCCGAUGGCAUCCACGCAUUGAAGCCUCUGGAACGGGUUGAUGUUAAGAAUGGCAUGGCCCAUCCGGAUGAAGUCAAGCAAGUCGUAGUUAACCGAUCAGGGGGCAUCUUAUCUGCUUCAACGAUCCUGAAGAGUGAUUUCUUCUCUAACCUGCAAAAGAUGACAUUACCUGAACGUAUCGACGGAUCACCGAACUUCCGCCGUGUGCCACUGACACUACGAUUAAUCUCCUCUGGCCAGGCUUCACCGACAGACAGGACAGAGUUCGUGGUUGGCGGCGCUAGUGAUGGGAAGAUGGUCUGUGGGAGCGGGAUGCCUACUGUGCAAGGAUUGAGGCGCGCAUUGAAUAGGGUAGAUGCUGGUCUGCAAGGCCAAAAUAUGGUCUUCUGGACCUCUUUACGAGAAGAGCCUGUCCUGUAUAUUGCAGGAAGACCUCACGUUUUACGCCUCGUUGAUAAGCCUCUGGAGAACGUUGAGGCCACCGGUGUGACCACUAGCGUAGUUGAGGCAAUGGAAGAAAACUUGAAGAAGGAUGUAUUGCGGGAGGUAAGAGCCGGGAAAGGCCGCAUUUUGUUACACGAUGAGAUUGAGGAACGCCCCGGCGUGUUCUCGAUCGUACCAAUUUGGGAAACAGUGUCAGAAGAGGACAUCAUGACCCCUCGAGAUGUCUUUGAUCUGAUGUCAAAUGAGGGCUUCAAGAUUGAUUACGACCGUGUUGCGAUUACUGAUGAACAAGCGCCUCUACCAGACGCGUUGUCUCAAUUACUGGAUCGCGUUAGGUCUGGAUAUCCAAGAGCGGGCGACUUCGUGUUCAACUGCCAGAUGGGCCGAGGACGUACUACGACGGGAAUGGUCAGCGCAUGUUUGAUAUCUACAACGAUGAAUUGGCGGGGCGAGGAUCACGUCGAUGGCCAUGAGGAAGCCAUGACUGAUGACUAUGACACAAUCGACGGCCCUUCGGAAGAAGAGGCGUACCUUCAAGGAGAAUACAAGACGAUUCUGCAGCUCGUCGGUGUGCUCUCGCACGGCAAGGUUGCUAAACGGUUGACCGAUCGUGCUAUCGACUUGAUGCAAGACGUGCAGAAUCUACGAAAGGCUAUAUAUGACUAUAAGCUGAAAGUAGAAGCCUGUGAGAAGGGAAGCGUGAAACAACGCAAGCUGAUGAGCGUCGCUGUGAAUUACCUAUAUCGAUAUGGGACCCUUAUCGUAUUCGCCAACUAUCUCAUUGAGACCAGACAAGGAGAAGGCAAGGAGUCGAGUUUCCCUAUCUGGUUACAGGAACACCGCGAAAUCGCGAAACUCUUGGGGAGGCGUUCACUUGAUUAA